AUGGCCUCAUCAUUUGUACUCUCCUUCAUUGCACUAAUUUCAAUAGCCAUCACCAUCCCCCUCUGCAUGUCCUCUCCUAAAACAGCACUCCGAGGCUUCGAGACACGUCUCAUUCAUCGCGACUCGCCUGAAUCUCCGCUAUACAACCCUAGUCUCACUCGUGCUCAACGCAAAGAAGCAGCUCGUCGCAGAAGCAUAGCCAGACAAAAUUACCUCACAAGGCGAAUGUCACCAGCAGCAGUAAGUAACGCUACUGCCCGCAUUGAUUACGAUAAUGGAGUCUACGUCAUGAGGUACAAAAUUGGAACCCCUCCAGUUGAUACAUUUGGAUACUUUGACACUGCUAGCGCCUUAAUUUGGAUGCAGUGUAAUCCCUGCAAAAAAUGUUACAAUCAAAGCAUACCAAUCUUUGAACCUGGAAAAUCAUCCUCCUACCGAAAGCUUAUGUGUGACGAUGACCGUGUGGAGUGUGGCCUAGUCCCAGAUAACGGUUGCCCAAGUGAGGAUGGUUCAUGUACUUACAUUACGGCUUAUGAAGAUGGAGCGUCUUCCGAAGGAGUCGCUUCCAAAGAAACAUUCAUGCUCGAAGGUGAAACAAUCCCCGAUAUGACUUUCGGGUGUGGUCUGAAGAAUUCAGAUACGGAUCCGGAUGAAAAUCCGCCAGGAGUUGUUGGUGCAGGUAGAGAACCAAGUUCACUUGUUGCGCAAUUAAUUAGAGAACGGACUCGUUUUUCGUUUUGCAUUUCGCCUUUUAAUCGAGGUAACCGUAGCAAUGUGAAAUUCGGUUCAAAGGCAGUGAUCCAUGAGGGUAAUCAGACCCCAUUAUUACCUGGUCGAUACGGUUGGUACCAUAUAGGGGUAGAAGGUAUUAGCGUUGACGGUACUAGGCUCAACAUUUCGGAGGAUGUGUUCAGAUGGAGGCCAGAGGGAAGAGGAGGCAUCAUCAUAGAUACAGGAACAACAUAUACUCACCUUGCAUCGGAGGCUUAUUACGCAGUCCAGAGCGCGGUGAUAAAUGCGCUACCGAAUUACAAACACAAGAUAAAUCCCCAUUCGGAGUUCCUGCUGUGUUAUGAUUCGGAUGAUGGCUUCCAUAUGAACAUAGCACCUGAUAUAGAGUUCCAUUUCAGAGAUGAUCGCCGACAUGGGUUUGAUUAUACAUUGGAUCCGACUAAUGUUUGGAAUGAAGAUGACUGCAUGACUAUAAAACCAGAUUAUCAUGGCCUUUCUGUGUUGGGAAUAAACCAGCUUGAGAAUGUGAACGUCGGGAUCGACCUUCAGAAUAACAUCGUAACUUUUAAGGACACUGAUGACUGUCGGGAUACCUAA